AUUGGCAUUUUCCAUUUCCAAUGAGAACGCUUCCUUCUCAUUCUUUCUUUAGCGCGAGAUCGAUUGCCGGAGAGAAGGAAGAAUCGGAGGCAGCGGUUGAGGAAUGGCGUAUAGGGCGGACGACGACUACGACUACCUCUUCAAGGUGGUCCUCAUCGGCGACUCGGGCGUCGGCAAAUCCAACCUCCUCUCCCGGUUCUCUCGCAACGAGUUUAGCCUCGAGUCCAAGUCCACCAUCGGCGUCGAGUUCGCCACCCGGACCAUCCGCGUCGACGACAAGGUCAUCAAGGCCCAGAUCUGGGACACCGCCGGCCAAGAAAGGUACCGAGCAAUCACUAGUGCAUAUUACCGUGGAGCCGUCGGUGCCCUUGUCAUCUACGAUAUUAGUCGGAAUAUGACCUUCGAUAAUGUGGAGAGAUGGUUGAAGGAGCUAAGGGACCACACUGACUCCACCAUCGUCAUCAUGCUUGUGGGUAACAAAGCUGACUUGCGCCACCUUAGGGCUGUCCUGACCGAGACCGCAAAGUCGUUUGCUGAGAGGGAGAAUACCUUCUUCAUGGAGACAUCAGCUCUCGAGUCAAUGAAUGUAGAUACUGCCUUCACAGAAGUGCUCACUGAGAUCCACCGCGUGACUAGCAAGAAGGCACUCGAUGCAAGUGACAACGCUGUAACGUUGCCCAAAGGACAAACGAUCAACAUCAAUUCUGAUGAUGUAUCGGCUAUUAAGAAAGCUGGUUGUUGUUCGUCGUAGCUUGGUGAGUUGCUCCUCCGUUGGGCAACCGAUGCGCGAAAAGUUAGCUUAAAGGGUUAUACGAUCAUAGAAACGCUAUUGGCAUAGCUUAGAAUUUGGAUGCAGAUAGAUAUCUAUAUCUUGCACCCAAUUUUUUCUAGCCUUUUGUUUUUGCUGUGUAAAUCGAAUCUUUUAUUGCUGAAUUGAUGCAUCGAGAUUACCUAUUUUGUA